AUGGUGCCCCCUCUCAAGAAGGACUCGGGCAAGAGCCAGGGCCAGGGAGCCCCGGACGAUGACGGCAAAUCCCUCGACCCGCCGCUCAACCUCGAGACGGAGAGCACCGACACGCACCCCUUCCUCCAAGCCAUCUUCGACCGUAUGGAGUCGGACAAGAAACUCGUGCUGGGGAAGAUGCAGGACAUGGAGCAAUCGCAGGCGAAGCGCGAGGACGAGAUCCGCGAGAUCGUGAACGCGCUCGAUGAACGCAUCCUCCAGGUCGAGAGCAGGAAGACGUCGAAGCGUGGCAGCCCCGCCAACGACAUGCCCCUCGACGCCGAAAUCCUCAAAGCCAUGAUCCUGAAGGCUCAAGGACUCGACGGCCAGGCUCUCGACGACGAAUGCCGACGCCUGGCAGGUACUCUGGACGCCGGACCGCAGAAGACGGACAAAACCUCGGGCCAGUCCCGCCAAGGCACGACCGAGGAAGACAGAGUCGACACAUCACUUCUCCCUGCACCCGUCGCCCGGAAGCCGACAACCUCCACCCCCGUUCCGGAGAAGCUCGAGCAAUCGCUUGACAAGCAGCAGGGCCCCUCGAGCGACGACCCGGCAGCCCAACCGGACGCUGAACAGUCCCAGUCACCCUCGGUGUCAGCCUCGGCGUCGGACAGUAAGGCCGCGCUCGAGCAGCUCAUCCGCAACCUCGUGAUCGAGACCCUCGGCCAGUCGGGGGCGCAGACUACCGCCAGUACCCUCGGGACACAGGCGGCGAUCGUGCGGUCCUACGACGAAGCCCCUCGGCGCUACCGUAAGAUCGACACGUCCCAUCUCCCGAAAUUUCACGGGAAGAGGGAAGACGGCUCCGUCGAGGUAUUCAUCAAGGGCGUCGACCGUCUUCUCGAUACAGGCUUCCUGACGGACGCCGACAUCAUCCUGUACAUGUCGUACAUGUUGGCCGGCGCGGCAGCCCAGUGGCUGCAGACCCUCUCAGCCGCGAAGCUGCGCGAGCUCAGUUCCUGGGACCAGUGGAAAGCGCUCCUUCGUAAAACAUACUUGAACCUCAACUACAAGGGGAUUCUUCAACAGAAGGCCACCAGCCGCCGUCUGCAGUUCGACGAGUCUGUGCUCGACUACUACACGGAGAAGUCGAAUCUCAUCUGCGAGGGCUACGACCGAUGGUCGGACGAGGAGGUGGGCAAAGCCAUCUUGGCCGGUAUGCCGAAGCGUUUCUGCAGCCUGCUGCACUACUACCCCGACUCGGAUCCACUCGAGACGCUGUGGCGCGAGCUGCAGAAGCACGGAGCCCACAUUCCGAUCUCUACGCUCCCCGGCGGACUGUCCCGACAGUUCAUGCUCAUCCCCAACGACAACCUGCGGCUGGGCAACGGCAAUCUACGCAUCACGCCAGCCGUCAUCUCUGGCAAGCAGGACGACACGACCUGCGAAGUCAUCAACUACUCGCCCUUCCCCGUCCGCAUUGAACGCGGCACGAUCCUCGGCCGAGUGGAGUUCGUAUAUGGCGACGACCGGAGGGACGACGCCAACAUCUCCUGCCACUCCACCUCCGAAGCACCUCAACAGCGUUCCGAGCGGGAGCAGCAGGACGACUUCCUCCACAUUCUGAGCCAGAUCCACAUCAACCCUUCCCUCUCGACCGAGCAGCUUGCCCGGAUCACGGACAUUCUCUGGAGAAAGCGCGCGGCUUUCUCGACCCCAAGCCGACCCAUCGGUCUGACUGACAAGGCGGUCUUCGAUGUCGACACGGGCGACGCGAAACCAGUGACGAGUGCACCUUACCUCACUAGUCCGUUCAAACGCGCGAUCAUCAAGGAAGAAGUCACCAACAUGCUCAACAACGGCCUCAUCCGCCCCUCCACUUCCGAAUGGAGCUCCCCGGUUAUCGUCGUGCAGCAGGGUGAGAAGCACCGCGUGUGCAUCGACUUGAGGAAGGUCAACAAGGUGACGAAAGGGGACCAGUGGCCCAUCCCUCGCCUUGACUCCAUCCUGGCAGCUUUCGAAGGAAUGGAGUGGUUCUCGACCUUCGACCUGAAAAAAGCGUUCAAUCAACUGCCUCUCACGGAACGGGCGGCCAAGCGUCUCGCGUUUCGAACACAAGACGGCCUCUGGGAGCCAACGCGGAUGCCCUUCGGAGCCAAAGGCGCGCCCGCGGCCUUCCAACGCCUCAUCGACCUGACAUUCGCCGACGGCCUCUGGCGAUGGGUGAUCGCUUACAUGGACGACGUGAUCAACCACAGCAAGACGUUUGACGAUCACUGCCAACAUGUCGAGUGGACCCUCACCCGUCUCAUCGACGCCGGACUGACCUUGGACCCGGCCAAGAGCUACGUCGCGAUGCGUUCUGUCGAUGCUCUGGGUCAUAAGAUCUCGAACAUCGGCAUCGCCAUGGGCGAGAAAGGCAUGGACGCGGUCAGGAGACAACGUCAACCAGAAACGAUGUCGCAACUGGAAUCGUUCAACGGCUUCGCAUCGUUCUAUCGCCGCUUCGUCGAGAACUUCGCACGCGAGAUCAAACCUCUGCUGGACUUCCUGCAAGCGGCCAAGAAAGACAGGAAGCACACCCUGUCCUGGACACCAGAGCUUACGGCCACCUACAAUCGCAUCAUCAACCUUCUCCUGGAGAACGCCGUCCUCGCACACCCAGAUUACUCCAAGCCGUUCUACCUCGACACAGACGCCUCCGCGGAUGGUUUCGGAGCCGUGCUAUCCCAGAAGGACGAGAACGGCGUCCUGAGACCCGUCUGCUUCCUCUCGCGGCUCACGACGGCGGCGGAGAGGAAGAUGGGCGCCACCAACUUGGAGUGCGCCGCCGUGUCGUGGGCUCUCGACAAGCUGCGCUGCUACAUCGAGGGCGCGGAGGUCCACGUCACAUCCGACCACGCCGCCAUCCAACAACUCGCCAACUACAAUGGCAGCAACGGCCGCAUGAUGAGAGCCAGCCUCAUGCUCUCCGACUACCAGGGCCAGUUCCACUUCCACUGGAAGGCGGGCAAGUGUAUGCCUCACGUCGACCACCUCAGCCGAUCAGUCCAGCGUGACUCAGAGGAGGUGAACGUCAUGGCAGCAUGGCACGUCGACCUCAACUUCUCACUCACGGAGCGCAUCGACAACGGCCAGCUGCGAGACCCCGAGUGCCGGAAGAUCUUCGACCGCAUUCUCGAGCAGCACGACCAGCCCCCUGUCGACGACGAGACAGACAAAUCGACAUGGCCGCCCAUCAUGCACAGCACGCAAGGUCCCUACACGAUCGCCAAGGGCCGGCUGCUGAUGCACAACGGGUACCGGCGCAACUACACAGUCUACGUGCCAGAUGUGGACACCCUGAGAGCGGAUGUCAUCCGCGAGUUCCACGACAACGCCACGGCAGCUCACAGAGGCCGCACCAAGACGUACCUCGCCCUUACGGACCGUUACUACUGGAAGGGCGCCCGAGGCGACGUGGAACGCUACAUCGCCAGCUGCGACAGCUGCCAGAGGGUGAAGAGCCUCACAGGACUGCCCCCAGGCGCUCUCGCCCCCCUCCCUAUUCCCUCGGCACGCUGGGACAUGAUCACCUUCGACAUCGUCCUCGGCCUACCUGAGUGCGGUCCCGAGAAAUUCAACGCGGCCCUCAUCGUUGUUGACCGCCUGACGAAGCGUGUCGUGACGGCACCCACACACAAGAAGGUCACGGCCAUGGGCCUCGCGCAACUGUUCUUCAACACGGUUGUCCGCCACUUCGGCAUGCCACGGAUCAUCGUCACCGACCGUGACUCCAAGGUUACAGCCAAAGCCUGGAGAGCCCUCAUGCGCUUCCUCGGCGUGGACCACCGCUACGCGACCGCCCACCAUCAACAGACCGACGGCCAAACGGAACGGGUGAUUCGGACAAUGAAGGAAGCCCUGCGCCACUACAUCAACAAGCACGGGGCCACCUGGCUGCAAUAUCUCUACCGUGUGGAGACGGCACACAACUUGAGCGUGCACGCCUCAACCGGCAAGACACCUUUCGAGAUGGACACCGGGCGCUUGCCGACGAUCACCCACGCCUCCUGGGAUGUCGAUCUCGUCGCCGACGGCCGCAUCAGGGAGUUCAUCAGCCGCAUGGACGCAGACUGCGCCGAAGCCUGCGAGGCCAUCGCUCGAGCACAGGAGGCGCAGAAGCGAUGUUACGACUCCCGCCACUCUCCACGCACGUACAAGCAAGGCGACUGGAUCUUGCUUAACUCCAAGGCAUACCAACAGCCAGAGUGGAAGAAGCGGAAGGGCAAGAAGUUCGCGCCCGCCUAUUGGGGCCCCUUCGCGGUGACAGCUGUACCCCACCCCAACGUCGUCGAACUGGCUCUUCCGAAAUCUGUUCUCCUCCACAACCGCGUCAGCAUCAGCAACGUGAGGCACUACACCCCUCGCACCGACUCAACCACCGACGACAAGGUCCGCCAUGUCAUCGGCGACCGCAUGUUGCCCAACGGCACACGCGAAUGGCUAGCCAUCGUGGACAAAGCCAACGGUGAGGAGGAGCGCAUGUGGCUCAACUCCGCCCUGAUGCGCGCCCACGGCGCAGAAGAACUCAUGAUGGCGGCAGCCGAGACCAACCCCGAGAUGGAGGAGGAUGACGACGACGAUCAACAAGACGACGACGAAUCCGACACCGAAGACGACUCAUAG